CCGAGAGUUGGCGAUAGUGCCGGGAGUUCGGCUUCACGGGUCUCAUCUUGUCCGUUACGUGAACUCCUCGUCUGUGAUCUGAAUUUUGCGGAAACAUCGAAAGGGGUGAAACGAGAGCUUAUCAGCUGAGAUCAAGAUGGGCGACCCAGAUGUCGGGGCCGUGAUGGGUUUCUCAGGGUUUGGAAAGAAAGCUAGGACCUUUGACUUGGAGGCCAUAUUUGAACAGACACGUCGGACUGCCAUUGAGAGGAGCAGAAAAGUGUUGGAGAAGGAGCAGACUGCAGCAGAAUCUCUUCAGUCAACACCCUGCACUGGGAAAUUAAGCACCCCAACCAGGAAAGAGCAUCCUGAAGCCAUUGAUAGGUCACCUGUUGAAGAUGAAAGUGGACAUGAAGAUAGUGAUAGUUCAAGCAGCGAUCUGAUCGGUCCUCCAGUACCUUCCUCAUUAUCUAGAUUGGCAAUCGAGGAGCAAGCGAAUGCUGCAGACCUUCCUACAUUGAGUGACAAACUGCAGGGGGACACAGAUGAAGAGGAGGAGGAAGAUGAUGAUGAUGAUGAUGAUAACCCGGUGAAGCGGAUCCCAGACUCACAUGAAAUCACGCUGAUCCAUGGCAAAAAAACGGUUUCUGCACUGGGACUGGACCCAUCGGGUGCCCGCCUUGUCACAGGAGGUUAUGAUUAUGAGGUGAAACUCUGGGACUUUGCAGGAAUGGAUGCUUCACUACAGGCCUUCAGGUCACUACAGCCCUGCGAAUGUCACCAGAUUAAAUCUUUGCAGUACAGUGCAACAGGAGACGUAAUUCUUUGUGUGGCUGGCAGUGCCCAGGCCAAGGUGCUGGACCGUGAUGGCUUCCAGGUGAUGGAGUGUGCGAAAGGAGACCAGUACAUUGUUGACCAAGCUAAGACCAAGGGACAUACAGCUAUGCUGAAUGGUGGUGCCUGGCAUCCGAAAAUUAAGGAGGAGUUUGUGACAUGCUCAAAUGAUGGGACUGUGAGGACUUGGGACAUGAACAAUGAGAAGAAACACAAGAAUGUUUUUAAACCACGAACUGCACAAGGAAAGCGAAGUAUUCCCACCACCUGUGCAUAUAGCAGAGAUGGCAAAUUGAUUGCUGCUGCAUGUCAAGAUGGCUCCAUUCAGAUCUGGGAUCGUAACAUGAAUGUUCAUACAAAGUUUCACAACCGACUGGCGCAUGUUCCUGGCAGUGACACAUCUUGCCUUAGCUUCUCGUAUGAUGGAACUACUUUGGCAUCACGUGGUGGAGAUGACACUAUAAAAGCUUGGGAUAUGAGGAAUUUCCGGAAUCCUCUGAAUGUGGCAACUGAUCUCCCAAACAUCUUUCCAAUGACAGAUUGCUGCUUCAGCCCUGAUGAUAAGCUGCUGGUAACGGGGACAUCUGUGCGGAAGGGACAGGGAAGCGGUAAACUACUGUUUUUCGAUCGAGAAACCUUUCACAAGGUUUAUGAGAUUGAGGUCACUGACGCAAGUGUCAUUCGUUGUUUGUGGCAUCCAAAACUGAACCAGAUCAUGGUGGGAACAGGAAAUGGACUGGCAAAGGUCUAUUAUCAUCCAGUGAAAAGUCAAAGAGGAGCUAAACUCUGUGUUGUGAAAACAAAGCGAAAAGCAAAGCAGAGUCAAACUGUCACACAAGAUUACAUCAUUACACCACAUGCUUUGCCUAUGUUCCGGGAGCCCAGGCAGAAGAGCACGAGGAAGCAGUUGGAAAAAGAUCGCCUUGAUCCUGUAAAAUCCCACAAGCCUGAACCUCCCGUAUCUGGUCCAGGGCGUGGUGGACGAGUUGGGACUCAUGGUGGUACAUUAUCAUCAUUCAUUGUGAAGAAUAUUGCCCUGGAUAAAACAGAUGACAGUAAUCCACGUGAAGCUAUCUUGCGUCAUGCAAAAGAUGCUGAACAGAAUCCAUACUGGGUGGCUCCUGCCUACGUUAAGACACAGCCACGUGCAGUGUUUGCAGACGUGGAGUGCGAGGAGGAGCUGGAGGGCAACGAGCCCGAGUGGAAGAAACGGAAAUUGUGAGCAAGCUGUCCUUGAACAAGUGACCACAAGCAGCUUUACCUGCUCAUUGUGUUGUAAUGGUCGAUGUGGAAGUGUGCAGCAGGUGUGGGGUGGUAGGAGUGAGCUAAUUUCCAGCUGACCAAACAACAUGGUCUCUAUUCAAUAUUUUACCUUAUAACUUCAGUUAAUUAAACCUGUGCUGACGCAA